AUGAAGUGCAUUGUAAGUUUGCUGCAUAUUGCCGACGCUUUAAAAAUAAACAUGGAGGAGGGGAUGUAUCAGCAGCCGAAAAUGGAGGAUUAUCCGCCAAAAUUGGAAGAUUAUCCUCCUAAAAUGGAGGAAUAUCCACCGAAGAUCGAGGGCCACUUCCUCGAACCGAAUCCAGAUGAGCAAUAUCCACAAGGAAGCUUGCCAGAGAACUAUUCUUUGCCCAAAGUAGAAGAAGUUGGGUUUGAAUCCCAGCCCAUUCCCGAACAAAUGAUCCCCCGACCUGGUCCCCAACCGAACAGACCGCCAACCAAAUUCAUAUCUGUGACCAGUGAAGCCCUGACCGAAGAGCAACGAGCAAUGUACGAAUCAGUCCUAUCUACCUGGAAACCUAUAAUGUUCCCAAAGAGAACUAAACGGUACAUUUGUCAGAAAUGCAACAAGGAGUUCAAGAAUUACCAAAACCUCUACCUUCACACAACUAGAGUGCAUUCCUCUGAAGAGUCCGCAGUGAUCUGUGACAUCUGCGAUAAAACAUUCAAAAACAAACACUAUCUGUACAUGCAUAGGAUGAACAAGCAUUAUUCGGAAUCUGAGAAAUGCUAUUGCCAAUUCUGCCUACAAGAGUUCCGUACGCGACGGGCUCUGCACAUGCACGUGAAGCGCAUUCACCCCAACACGCUGCCCGAAAUUAAAUGCCCUGAAUGUGGCAAAGAGUUCGCAGUCCCAUACAAACUGAGAUACCAUAUCGAAAACUGUCACAGACCAGACAAAGACAAGUACAAGUGUCCAAUCUGCCAAAAAUUGUACAAAAGUCAUUUAAAUCUAAACAGACACUUGCAUUUCCAGCACUCUCAAGUCGAGAGACACCCCUGUGUUUUCUGUCCCAUGACGUUUAAAUCCCGACAUCACAUGAAACGCCAUAUUCUAAACAUCCACCCGCCAUUGGAAUCCAAAGUGACUUGCCCCGAAUGUCUCAAGGAGUUCAAAAACGACCAAUACUUGAAAGAGCACAUGCAAGUGCACACUGCCUUCGAGAAAAAGGUCAAGUGUGAACUGUGCGAUAAGUUCUUCCAUUCGGCCGUACGUUUGAAGAAGCAUAAAAAGAUCGUGCAUCCCAACAAGCCGAAGAUUCGUUGCGAGAAGUGCGACAAGGAGUUUGCCCACGCCCAUUAUUUGCGACGUCACAACAACUCAGUGCACGUCGAAGUGGACGAAAGCCAGUACCAGCACGAAUGUGACCAAUGCGGCAAGAAAUUUAAAAUCAAGCGAUAUCUGAACAACCAUCUGCAACGACAUGAACAACAGCAUUUGAAGCGUAUAUCCCAAAUGGUGAAAACUGUCAUGGAUGACGGCGAAGCUCCGGAGAAGGCGACGAAGAAGCGGGGAAGGCCCCGAAAAGCUAGGAAGGAGAUCGAAUUCAUCAAAUGCGAACCGGUUUCCAGUUCGGAGUCAGGAGAAUCUGAGUCGGCCGAGUCCGAAUCAGAUUCUGAU